UAUAUUCCGCGCGCGCACGGGCGCUCACCACGUAGCCGGGCCAAACGCAGCCACACAAGCCCGCCCCGGCCACGCUCUCCUCCCACCCACCAUAACAUCGAUCGGGCAUCUCUAUAUCAAAGCUUUGGAAGCCACCGAUUAAACCACACGGCAAAACCCAAAAGCUAUCUCCAGCGCGCCAUAGCCUUGAUUGCCUUUUCUCCGAUUCGAUCCUUUUCUCCAUGUGUAAGAGAAGCAUGGAGCAAUACACCCACCCUGCCGCCGACGAGAGGGACGCGGCAGCCGCCGACGGUGCUGCUCCGGAGCAGCAGGAGGAGUACUGCGCCGGGACGUCGUCCUGCGGCACGGACGCUACUGCUGGGAGCUCGCUCGCGGAGAAGCAAACGAAGGGCGGCAGGGCGGCGGGGGAGGAGAGCGCGCGGGAGCGGCUGAAGCGGCACCGGACGGAGAUGGCGGGGCGGGUGCGGAUCCCUGACAUGUGGGGCCAGGAGAGGCUGCUCAAGGACUGGGUCGACUGCGCCGUCUUCGACCGCCCGCUCGCCGCCACGCGCGGCCUGCUCACGGCCCGCGACGCGCUCGUCGCGGAGCGCGCCGCGCAACGACGAACGACCACCGCCCGCCCGCUACGGGUGCACGACGGCUGCUCUUAAUUAUUCUCUCUUAAUUUGCUUCUUAUAAUUCGGUGAUCAGCGUAAUCGGUGUCUGUACGGAUCGAGUAUGAGAACUUGAUUGAUGGACUGCUAUUGUUUACUGGUGGAUGUAAUUAGCUAGAUAUAGAGCCGCUUGAUCACCAUUGCGGCAUAGUAUCAGUUUUCAUUAAUAUACGCCGGAUGGCCGUUUGGAUCAAAACUGUUCUUUUCAUCCAUCUUCUCGAUCUUGCCAUGUAUACGUGAAUAGCCCAGAGCGCGUGAAUAAGAAGCUCGUCGAUCCAUCUA